UCAUUGGCUGGCGAUCCACGAGCUGCGCGCCCUCUCCCUCCCUAUCCUGAACUCCAAACAGAUAACCCGCCCGCGAGUGCACUGCAACUCCCGCUCCACUGCCCCAUCCCUCCAUGGCGACUCCUCUGCCCACCGGCUCAUUCGCCGCCUGCACCCUCCAACCAAGGAUCCCGGCUCUGCAAUUGCAUGCUCCGAAGCCGAAUGCUGCGCCGGCGGCGGCUUGCGCUCCCGUCCGGCGGGCCAGCGGCCACCGUGCCGGCGCGACGAAGAGCAGCCUCUCCACCGUGUGCGAGCCACUGGGGCCCGACAGGCCCGUCUGGUUCCCCGGCAAAGCGCCUCCCCCGUGGCUCGACGGCAGCCUUCCGGGAGACUUUGGGUUUGAUCCUCUUGGACUAGGGUCGGAGCCGGAGUCGCUGCGGUGGUUCGCGCAGGCGGAGCUGAUGCACAGCCGGUGGGCGAUGGUGGCGGUGGCGGGCAUCCUGAUCCCGGACACCCUGCAGAAGUGGGGCUUCAUGGAGGAGUUCAACUGGUUCACCGCCGGCGAGCGCGAGUACUUCGCGGACCCGCUGACGCUCUUCGUGGUCCAGAUGGCGCUCAUGGGGUGGGCGGAGGGCCGGCGGUGGAUGGACUACCUCAACCCUGGCUCCGUCGACAUCGAGCCGCGCUUCCCCAACCGCAAGAACCCCACCCCCGACGUCGGGUACCCGGGCGGGCUGUGGUUCGACUGGGGAAACUGGGGCCGCGGCUCGCCGGAGCCCGUCAUGGUGCUCCGCACCAAGGAGAUCAAGAACGGCCGCCUCGCCAUGCUCGCCUUCGUCGGCUUCUGGUUCCAGGCCGUCUACACCGGCCAGGGCCCCCUCGACAACCUCUUCGCGCACCUCGCCGACCCCGGACACUGCAACAUCUUCUCGGCAUUCACGUCCCACUGAUCGCCAGAAAGACUGAAGCGGGCCACGGUGUUGCUAAAACAGAGGUUUUUGGGUUCCGGCGUAUAGUGUCAUCUAGGCUCUAGCCGUUGGAAUGUGAAUAUUACAGUUGCACCCAAAGAGGGGUUAAAAUGGGCAAAGAUGCUUACUACUCUGUACAAUGAAAUAGUAGUACUAGGCAAAACUACACUACUCUACCACAGGAACAGCAGAAUCGCACAUUUACACUUCUUUUA